AUCGACACAUUGGCCGCCGAUGGCAUCGUAUUAAACCAAUAUUACAGCCACACAACUGCGAGCACCAGUAGGACGUCCCUACUCACUGGCGUCCACCCAAUACACACAGGACUACAGAACCGGUUCAUUAUGAACCAUUCACCUGCCGGUGCGCCCCUACACUACAAACUAUGGCCGCAAUAUCUGAAACAAUAUAACUAUAGCACACAUAUGGUCGGCAAAUGGGGGUUAGGAUUCGCGCGACGAGAAUACACGCCCACAUACCGGGGCUUCGACUCAUUCGUGGGCUUCUGGACGCACUCGAAAUGCAAUUACAAUCACACGAGUUGUGAGACUUAUCGCCACUUAGUCUGCGGCGACGACUCGCGACACAACACAGACUUCACCGCAAACGGAACCGGCGUCUACUCGACCCACCAUUUCACCGACCUGUCCCUUCAUCUUAUCGACACCCACAACACUGCGCAACCACUGUUCCUAUAUGUGGCC